AUGGGGGUGGCUAGGGGAGGUCACCGGUGGGAGGAGAAGCCUUUGGUGGUGGUGCAGUGGCCGUGGGAGGAGGAGCUCAUCCGUGGGUAUGGAGAACCUGUGCGUUGGAGGAGCUCCGUGCGAUUGAGGAAGGGGCUACCGACUUUGGGUCAAAUGGAGGAGGAAGGGGAAGGUCAGGGGGAGCCCAUGGUGGUGCUCGGUGGCCGUGGGUGGCUCCGUACGGGGGUGGAAAGUGCUGCGCACGGUGAAACCAUGCUUGGGUUGAUGCGGGAGUGCGACAGGGAAGGUGUCUGCGAGGUGGAGAAUACUUCCUCCAUAUUCAUUUUUUGUUUUGUCUCCAAGUUUGGAACCAAAGCUUGUUUUCAUCUUCAAGAGGGUGAAAGCUUGAAGUUCUAUCAUUUUGGCUCUUCAUCCACACUGCUAUACCACUACUUGAUUCUCUAUCUUGCCUCUUCAAAGGGGCCAAGAGCUCAAGUUUUGUGGUUAAAACAGUUCUAUCAUUUUGGUUCUUCAUCCACACGGCUAUUCCACUAUUUAGUCCUCUAUCUUGCCUCUUGGAUGGGGCUAAGAGCUAAAGUUCUAUCAUUUUGGCUCUUCGUCCACACGGCUAUACCACUAUUUGGUCAUCUAUCUUGCCUCUUGAAAGGGGCUAAGAGCUCAAGGUAAUGAUGAAAAGGCUGGGGAGCAAGGCAUUACUGCAGAGGGAGAGGCAGAAGCUUAGGAUCUUCCCUAACUAGAACAGUUAUGUUUAUGGAUGAUGGGUUAUGUUUUCAUGAACGUAUGGACUCUGAGAGUCUUUUUGGAUAAAUGUUUGAUUAGAAUAUGUAUCAGGUGA